GCAACAAGGAAGGAUGAUGCUGGACUUUUCUUGCUACUGAAUUCAUUACACUUGUGCAUGAAAUAUCUUCAAGGGUAUUAUUUGCUGUCAAUUUGCAGUGAUGGCUGAUUGGGCUUGGGUAACUUACACGGUGCUGGAAGUGCUCAUUGCUGUGGCGUGUUGCCUUGGGAAUGUGUUGGUGGUGUUUGCGGUGGCUGUUGGGAUCCAGGAUUGCCUCCGGGAGCCGACUUUCUGCUUCCUGGUGUCCUUGGCCGUUGCUGACUUUUUGGUGGGUGCAGCUGCCGUGCCUCUCGCUGUACUGCUGGAUGGCUGGGUGAAUUUGACUGCUCAGCAGUGCUUGUUCCUCAGCUGCGUCAUACUCGUGCUGACAGAGGCCUCCGUCCUCUCACUGCUGGCUAUUGCCAUCGACCGAUACCUGCGGCUGCACAUGCCUUUCAGAUAUAAAGCCAUCGUCACUCAGAGGCGCACACUGUUGGCCAUGUCCAUCUGUUGGAUACUCUCUUUGCUACUGGGAUUCACCCCUCUGCUUGGAUGGCACAAUCUCUCUGCUUCUGGCUAUUAUUCCACAAACACAUCGUCUACCUUGCCUAGCUCUUCUCAAUGCACUUUCCUCUCAGUUAUCUCCCUGCCCUUUAUGGUUUAUUUCAACUUUCUCGGAUGUAUCAUGGCCCCUUUAUUGGUCAUGACUUUUCUGUACGUCAUCAUCUUCUGGAGCCUGCACAAACGUCUGAAGAACAGCUGCCCUCAAGCACAGGCCUUGCUGCUCAGGGAGAAGAAGCUGGCCUGCUCACUUGCUCUGGUUCUCACAUUAUUUGCCUUCUGCUGGAUCCCUCUGCACCUCAUGAACUGUCUUCUGCUCCUCUGGGGACCUCAAGCAGUGACCCAGGGAACACUUUACACAGGUAUCCUUCUGUCUCACGCCAACUCAGCAGUCAACCCAGUGGUCUACGCUUGUCGCAUCCCCAGGAUCCAGAAGGCCUACAGUCAAAUAUGGAGGCAUCUUGCUUUGAAGCUCAAUUGUUUUACCAGAAAUGAAUCAAUUCAGCAAGCUAUAACAAGCGACUAGUUUAAGAAAUGUAAAUGUGCAUUUGCCGAGCCAGAAAAAAAGGGCUUGUGUAAGACUUGUUUGUGGUAUUUCAUCAGUCAAAUGCAUUAUUCUGUCAUUGUACAGCACUGAUGAUUUCUGCUGUUAUUGCAUUUGAACAUGUAGCAUAAAGACUGUUUACAAAGUUCCCCUUGAAAUGCAAGUUUUGUUUUAAUGUUGGCUUUGUUAGUGACAGCAAUUUAUUGAAGCUCCACUAGAGGGCACCAUACGUCAACAAACUCAAUGCUUGUUUUUCCAGAAAGAAUCAGAGUUGUGGUGUGUGCGCCGUGUGCUGAUGUGAGAGUGUAAAAUGACUAAUAUCUUAGUUUCUGAGACUUCUGG